AUGCUGCAACUGCUGCAGCAGCGCAAUUUGCUGGGGUUACUCCGAUUUGUAGCCGUACUGCUGGGGCUCAUCUGUCUUUUCUCGGUGAUCUUUCAGCUGCUCAUGGCCUACGAGGGUCAGACACACUCGUGGGUGACCGGCUUCUACUGGACUUUGUCGACCAUGUCGACGCUUGGCUAUGGUGACGUCAGUUUUGUUUCAGACCCGGGUCGUUUGUUCUCUAUAUUCGUAUUGCUGUCUGGCGUAAUCUUCAUGUUGGUGCUACUGCCAUUUACAUUUAUGGAGCUCUUCUACGCACCCUGGGUUGAAAUGCGUGCUGCGAAUCGCAUUCCUCGGAAAGUAAACGACAACUUAACCGGGCACGUCAUCAUGACGUUCUAUGGCCCGGUAGCCAGUGCACUGAUCGCAAAACUCAAACAGUUCAAAUAUCCAUACGUGGUUAUUCUGCCGGAAGCAGAUGAGGUCAUGCAGUUGAUUGACCACGGCAUUAACGCGAUUCAUGGCGAGCUUAAUCUGCCGGAAACGUAUAUCAACGCGCGGGUGGAACAGGCUUCCCUGGUUGCCACGACCCGCACAGACAUCGCCAAUACAUCAAUAGUUUUUACCGUACGCGGUAUCACUAAAACCACACCGGUCAUCGCUACCGCCAGAGACAGCGACUCUAAAGAUGUGUUGCGCCUGGCAGGCUCGUCACGGGUACUCGAUUUAACACAUCUGAUGUCUGAGAGCCUGGCAAGGCGUGCAAUUGGGGGUAACGAGCUGAUUCACAUCAUCGGCAAUAUUGAUGACCUCCUGAUUGCCGAAGUGGAUGCAUCCAAAACUAAUUUAGUGGGCAUCGACUACAUUACCGCACAACGACAAACCAGCGUCAGCAUCGUCGGUUUCUGGGAUCGUGGCACCUUUCAAGUCGGUGAACAGGACAGCAAGAUCGAACCCCAUAGCCUUCUCGUGAUGGCUGGAUCAAAAGCCCAGCUUGAUGAGUUCAACCGAUUGUAUUGUCACGAAAUGCAAACAAGCGAACACAAACCCGUCAUCAUUAUCGGCGGCGGCCGCGUAGGUCGUGCCACUGCUCGUGCGCUGGCACGACGCGGCAUCGACUAUCGCAUCGUUGAACAGAUUCCAGAGCGCGUACCAGAUUCGGAUAAAUACAUUCUAGGGUCCGCUUCGGACAAAAACAUAUUGCGCCAGGCAGGCAUCGACAAAGCACCCACUGUCAUCAUUACAACAAAAGACGAUGAGACAAACACCUAUCUGACAAUUUUUUCCCGCUUGCUGCGCCCGGAUAUCCAGAUUAUCUGCCGCGCAAGCCUGGAAACCAGCGUUGCAGGAUUGCACCGGGCAGGCUCCGACAUUGUCAUGUCUUAUGCUUCGAUGGGCUCAAACGCACUGUUUAACCUGCUCCAGCGCAGCGAUCUUCUGAUGGUUGCUGAAGGUCUGGAUGUUUUCAAAGUAGAGGUGCCUCAACAACUUGUUGAUAAGACAUUGGAAGAAGCGAAUAUCAAACACCUGACAACCUGCAGCGUUAUUGGUAUCGACAAAGACAACCGGACCAUCACCAACCCGGAACCCGACACACGUCUGCAGGCCAACGAAGAAAUCGUUUUGAUCGGCACCCCGGAAGUGAUCAUAUUGCUGAUCGGUCACGGCCUGCAGCUGACGUUGUUACCAUUACGGGCUGAGUCACUCGGCUGGUCGAUAAACGACAUUGGGAUGACGGGCUCUUUCUAUUUUCUCGGCUUCCUGCUGGGCUGUAUCUUUAUUCCCAGGUUUGUAGCAGCCGUAGGUCAUAUCCGUACCUUUUCAACCCUGACCACCAUCAACGGCGCCGCUCUGUUGUGCAUCCUUCUAUCAGACGACCCCUAUGUGUGGUCCGGGCUACGCUUAAUGACCGGUAUCGGCAUUUCAGGUUGUUACCUGGUUAUCGAGAGCUGGCUGAAUGAGUACACUAAUAAUGCCAAGCGAGGGCGCAUCCUGGCUGUUUAUACGGUGAUCGUUCUGUUGUCGAUGAGUGUCGGGCAAUUACUGAUUAACCUGGGCAGUCCCAGCGGCUUCACCACCAUCGUACUGGGCACCCUGCUGCUGUCUCUCUCCAUCAUUCCGGUAGCACUGUCGAAAGUUGAACAGCCUGCACCGCUUGCAACACUCGAGUUUCGCUUCAAGGAUAUCUAUCACGCCUCCCCCGCUGCUGUUGGCGGCGCACUUGCCAUCGGUACCGUUACCGGCGCGUUGUUUGGUCUGACCCCCGUAUUCGGCAAGAUUGCGGGGUUGUCCGUCAGCGAGAUUGCCUGGCUGAUGAUAGUCAUGGUGCUGGGAGGCGCGGCUUUUCAGCUUCCCGCUGGACAUAUUUCCGAUCGCUACGAUCGCCGCAAAGUCAUGAUGGGAUUGUUGAUUAUUGGCAUCAUCACAGCGAUUGUUGGCACUCUGCUGCAACAGCCUCCCAGUUGGCUGGUAAUGCUGUUGUUUUUCAUCAUCGGCGGUAGUGCUAUUGCCAUUUACCCUCUGUGCCUGGCGCAUGCAAACGAUCGCUACCCAGGGCAAUUCCUGCAGGUGGGCACGGUGAUCCUACUGGUCAACGGCGCAGGUUCGAUUACAGGACCUCUGCUUGGCGCAAAUGCGAUGGCGCAAAUCGGACCAUCGGGCUUUCUUGCCUAUCUGGAGAGAGCUUGCAUGGACGACAAAUGGACUGACUACAUCCUCGAUUCUUUGGAUCUUGAUGAGUCCAAUCGACAGCCCAUCGCAGGAAAACCGCCAGCAGGCGCGGAAAUUUCUGCAGAGACUAUCCGUCGCUAUUUUGCUGACAACAUCUAUCCCUUCAGCGAGAGAUUGAAACCGAAGCAGUACUUUGAAGAAAAGCGAGAACUCCAGAUUGAGCUCGUGAAACUUCAGAACUGGAUCAAAGAAACCGGUAACAAACUCGUUGUGAUUUUUGAAGGCCGGGACGCAGCAGGCAAAGGCAGCACCAUCAAACGUUUUAUGGAACACCUCAAUCCCCGAGGCGCAAGAGUGGUUGCGCUGGAAAAGCCUGACCAAAGAGAGUCUGGACAAUGGUAUUUCCAGCGUUACGUUCAACACCUGCCAAGUGCUGGUGAAAUCGUUUUUUUCGAUAGAUCCUGGUACAACCGUGCUGGCGUUGAAAAAGUAAUGGGCUUCUGCAGCGAUGAGGAAUACCAGCAGUUUCUUGUGCAAUCCCCUGAUUACGAACGUAUGCUGGUGAAGAGCGGUACGUUUAUUAUCAAAUUCUAUCUUUCUAUCAGUCGUCAGGAACAGGCCCAGCGCUUCGAAGAACGGGCGACUAACCCCCUGAAACAGUGGAAAUUCUCAGUUGUAGACAAAGAAGCGCAGAGUCGCUGGGACGACUAUACCCAGGCAAAAGAAGAAACGUUCAGACGCACGGACUCCGCUGAAGCACCCUGGAUCAUCGUCAAAGGUGAAGAUAAAUUACGCGCCCGCCUGGAAACCAUGCGCUAUGUCCUCAGCCAGUUCGAAUACACAGGCAAGGACCAGAACAAGCUCGGCACAGCCAACCCCUUGCUGAUUGCACCGGUCAAAAUCCUGACUAAUUACUCCGACAGUUAG